AUGAAUACAGGCAUGCCCCAGAGAUAUUGCAGGUUCAGUUCCAAUCACUGCGAUAAAGGGAGUAUUGCACUCGCUUCAGUAGAAUAUGGAAAUGAAGUGGACAUCUUUGCCUUAGGGCUAAUUCUUUCAGAGCUUCUUCAUAUACCUCUCAGUCGUCAGGAAACAUUUAAGAUAUUCGAAGAUCUAAGGAAGGGCCAUGUCUCGGAUAUAUUUAAUGACAAAGAAAAAAUUCUCCUACAGAAAUUAGUUGCGACUGACCCCAAGAUGCGACCUAAAACAUCUGAAAUACUGAAGACAUUGAAGGAGUGGAAUAAUGUUCCAGAGAAAAAAAUGCGAAACACGCGUUAGUGCCUUUCUAAAAAAGUAGUCUGCUUCUGAUGUUCGAUUUUCCUGUAAUUGUCUAAAAUCUGCUAGGGAAUAUUGAUGAUAUUUACCUGUUAUUUUAAUUUUUCCCUUAACUUUUUUAAAUACAUUUGCAGAAAGGUUUACACCUUUUUUCAAAAAAUUGAUUUUUAGAGCCCGGCCAGUGUCGCUCAGGGGUUGAGCGU